AUGGCCACGCCCGCCCCCCCGGAGGAUCAGGCUCGGCUGCUGGAGGAUGCCCUGGUUGCAGUGCGCCAGCAGACGUCGCUCAUGCGGAAAUGCCUCGACACGCCGGGAAAACUCAUGGAUGCCCUGAAAUGCUGCUCGACACUCGUCUCCGAGCUCCGCACGAGCAGCCUUGGUCCCAAGCAGUACUACGAGCUCUACAUGGCCAUUUUCGACGCCCUGCGCUUCCUGGCGGUCCAUCUUCGAGAAAACCACCCUGUUAACCACCUGGCCGAUCUCUACGAAUUGGUUCAAUAUGCCGGAAACAUCAUCCCAAGGCUGUAUCUCAUGGUCACGGUGGGCACGGCCUACAUGUCCAUACCUGAUGCGCCCGUCAAGGAGCUGAUGAAGGAUAUGAUGGACAUGAGCCGCGGUGUCCAGCACCCAAUCAGGGGGCUGUUUCUCCGUUACUACAUGUCUGGCCAGGCCCGGGAUUUCCUCCCUACUGGCAGCGGCGAUGGCCCCGAAGGCAACCUCAGCGACUCGAUCAAUUUCAUCCUGACCAACUUUGUGGAGAUGAACAAGUUGUGGGUUCGCCUACAGCAUCAAGGGCACUCGCGAGAGAGAGAACAGAGGAUUCGUGAAAGAAAAGAGCUCCAGCUGCUGGUGGGAAGCAACAUUGUGCGCCUAAGCCAGCUGGUUGAUCUUGAAACGUACAAGACAGGCAUUCUUGCACCUCUGCUAGAGCAAGUUGUGCAAUGCCGAGACGUUCUAGCCCAGGAGUAUCUCCUUGAAGUCAUCACCCAGGUGUUCCCCGACGAGUUCCACCUCCACACUCUGGAUCAAUUCCUUGGCGCCGUAUCAAGGCUAAACCCCCACGUCAACGUCAAGGCCAUUGUCAGUGGUCUCAUGGACCGUCUUUCGGAGUAUGCCGAACGCGAAGGCGCGAACGAGAGGGGCCCUGAUCAAGAGAAAGCCGAAGCCGAAGCCCUCGCCAAUCUGCUUGAGAAAGUGAAGCUCCAGAAAGAGGCCGAGCCGCCCGUUGCUCAACCAGCAGCCGCCUCCGAACAGCCUCCGGCAGAGGAUGCCGGCGACAACAAGGUCAGCACCGAAGCUGAACAACAGCAACCAGAAGAGGGCGAGGCAUCGGCACCGCCUACAGCUAGCGAGGCAGAUGCUACCGCCGUGGCAGAUGAGCCGGCCCCCUCAGUUGCUGAAACAGAGACAACGGCCGUCAAUGGACAGGAAGGGACUGGCGACGCUAAAGAUGUACCACUCUAUGAAGUCUUUUUCACACAGGUCAAAAACCUUGUUGAAGCCCAGCACCUCCCGAUUCAAGACACUAUUGCGCUGCUGGUAUCCCUCUGUAACCUCGCGCUGAACAACUAUCCCGACCGACUGGACUACGUCGAUCAGAUCUUGGCAUACGCCACCACGAAGACCAAGGAGAAUAUCAACAAUGCUGAUCUCCACUCCGCUCAAGCUCAGCAGAGCCUCCUCGCGCUGCUGCAGGCACCCCUCAACCGCUACGUAUCCAUAUUUACCGCCCUUUCUCUUCCGACAUACGUGCCUCUCUUCCAAGCUCAAUCAUACCCAACCCGCCGUGCCGUUGCUGGCGGCAUCAUCCGCAACCUCCUGAAAGACCAAAUCAAGAUUUCCAAGACGGACCAAUUAGAGCAUGUCCUCGAUGUUCUGUCAGUGCUCAUCAAGGAGGGAACGCAGGCGCCGCAAGGAUACCCAGGAGCCACGCAGCGCCGAGCCGUAGAGACAGACGAGACCUUGGAGGAGCAAGGGUGGCUAGCAAGAAUGGUGCAUCUGCUUCAGGCUGAGGACAACGACACGCAGUUCAAGCUGCUGCAGCUGACGCGAAAAGCAUUCGCGGAGGGCAACGACCGCAUCCGAACAACCACGCCGCCACUAAUCACUGCAUGCCUAAAGCUGGCCAGGAAGUUCAAAUCUAGAGAGCAUUUCGAUGACAACUGGGAGUCGCAGAUCAACGCCCUGUACAAGUUUAUCCACUCUGCAAUUAGUACGCUGUACACUCGCGUAAACGGCGCGGGGGUGGCUGAGCUGGCCUUGCGUCUGUUUUGCUCGGCAGGGCAGACGGCAGACCUGACCGGGUUUGAGGAGGUGGCAUAUGAGUUUUAUGCGCAGGCCUUUACUGCGUAUGAGGAGUCCAUCUCGGAUUCUAAAGCCCAGUUCCAGGCCGUUUGUGUCAUUGCAAGCUCGCUUCAUCAGACUCGCAGCUUUGGCAAGGAGAAUUACGACACGCUCAUCACCAAGUGCGCCCAGCACGGCAGCAAGCUUUUGCGGAAACCGGAUCAAUGCCGAGCAGUUUACCUGGCGAGUCACUUGUGGUGGGCGACACCUGUCGCUAUCAAUGGCGAAACAGAAGAGACUGAGCUCUAUCGUGAUGGCAAACGAGUACUCGAGUGCUUGCAGCGGGCUCUUCGUGUGGCCGAUUCAUGCAUGGAAACGGCGACUUCAAUCGAAUUGUUUGUUGAGAUUUUGGACCGCUAUGUCUACUAUUUUGACCAACAGAACGAAUCGGUAACUACCAAAUACCUCAACGGGCUCAUUGAGCUGAUUCACUCAAAUCUGGCGGGUAACCAGCAGGACUCGGCUUCGAUAGAGUCCAGCAAAAAGCACUUUCACCAGACACUGGAGAAUAUCAAGUCUAGGCAGUAUGAAGGGGUCGUGCUGUAUCCAAGCUAG